AUGGACACUCCCCGUUCUGUGUGUAGUGACCCAUGUUUAUCAGGUUACAGGAAGUGCCUACAAUCUGGGAGACUACCCUGCUGCUUUGACUGUGUACUGUGCAACGAUGGGGAGAUAACCAAUAGUACAGCAAUGGAAAAAUGUGAAAACUGUCCGGAUGAUCAAUGGCCUAAUUUUUACCGAAAUCAAUGUAUUAAGCGUCCAUUACAUUUCCUAUCAUAUGAAGAUCCGUUGGGAAAAACAUUGACAAUUGUGGCCUUUGUCUUCUCUGCAAUUACUGCUAUGGUGUUGUGGAUCUUUGUAAAAUAUAGGAAAACCCCUUUGGUGAGAGCAAACAACUGCAAGCUGAGCUAUGUCCUUCUAACAUCUCUUUUCUGGGAUUUUCUUCUCUCGUUCCUCUUUAUUGGACAUCCUGAAGAAAUGACCUGUCUCAUUAGACAAACAGCAUUUGGAUUUAUUUUUUCUGUGGCGAUUUCAGCUGUUCUUGGCAAAUCAAUUACAGUUAUAAUUGCAUUCAAUGCUACAAAGCCAGGUAGCAGGUUAAGAAAACUUUUGGGAUCAAAAAUAUCAGUUAUCUUGGUUUUUAUUUGUUCGAUGGGGGAACUGGUAAUUUGUGUUUCCUGGCUAAUAUGUGCACCACCAUUUGUUGAAUAUGAUACUAAAACAAUGGCAGGACAUAUUAUUGUGCAAUGUAAUGAAGGCUCUAUUGCUGCAUUCUACUUUGCAGUCUCCUAUAUUGGUAUCUUAGCUAGUUUUAGUUUUCUUAUUGCCUUUCUAUCUAGGAACCUUCCAGACACUUAUAAUGAGACUCAGUACAUUACCUUUAGUAUGCUUGUGUUCUGCAGUGUCUGGAUCUCUUUCUUUCCAACCUAUUUAUGCACUAAAGGCAAGACUAUGGUGGCUGUUGAGGUGUUUGCUAUAUUAUCCUCUAAUGGAGCAUUACUAUGCCUUAUAUUUUUUCCAAAAUGUUACAUUAUACUGCUAAGGCCUGAACGUGAUAGAAAAAGAAACUUUCCUUUAAAAGUUUUUACCAUGUGA